AUGGGCUCCAGGGGCUGCACCUCACUGCCGCUUCUUUCCCUGCUGCUGCUGCUGCUGCUGCAGCAGCUGCUCCAGGUGAGCUUAUGUUUCCCACUAAUUAAUGCCAUUUUUAUUUUGAAGGUCACUAUCAUUAACAGCUUCCAAGAAUAAAAAGAUAAUUUCACUAGGCAAAUAGAGUUGGAAUCUAAGAACCACAAGACUCUAUGGAAAUUCAAGAGAAGAUGGCUUAUUAUCACCCUGGAGCUGGAGGAGGAGGACCCAGGUGCUUUCCCCAAACUUGUUGCUGAACUAUUCAAUAACUUAUCUGACAGGGUGUCAUUAAUGCAUUUAAUCAGUGGACCUGAUGUAGAUGAAUAUCCAAUAGAGAUUGGUUUAUUUUCUGUAGAAGAUCAUGAGAAUGGAAAAAUAUAUGUCCACUACCCUGCUGAUUGAGAAACAGCAUCAUCUUUUAAGGUUUGUUUUGAUGUACUGGAUUGCUCAAAAGGAAAAAUUAUGGAACAAUCUUUGAUUUCCAUCAUUAGGAUCAGUGAUGUGAAUGAUUAUGCACUCUAGAUUACUGAAAAGGAAGGUAAUGUCAGCGUGAAAGAGAACCAAACUAUGGGAAUGUGUCAACCUAUUUUUCAGAUGUUAUCAGCUGAUGUGGCUCCAGAAAAUAGUCCAAAUUCCAAAGUCCUUUAUUUCUUUGUUUCUCAAAUGCCAUUAGUCAAAGAAAAUGGCUUCUGGACUGAUCACAUCUGUGGAGAAAUCUGACUCUUCGGAUGCUUAGAUUAUGAGGUUUUUUAG